AUGACACUCCCCGACGAAGACCCUUCGCAGAACCACUUCAGCGGCACAGAGUCCCUCGACCGACUGCGCUCUCUCUUGCCCGGCCCCCUUGCGAGACCUUCCACUCCUGAUGUCGCCUCCCUACCAACAACGACCGUCGCGCGCCAGCGCGCGUCAAGUGUCGCCGCCUCCCUUGAUCAGGAUGAACAUCUUUCCGAGAAGAUUGCGGAGCAGCAGGAGCACGGAGCCGACGUGACGGGUCUAGUCGCGGAGAAGGGAACAGUUCUCUACCUGGCUUACGGGUCCAAUCUGGCGUCGAAGACAUUUCGCGGCGUACGUGGCAUCAAGCCGCUGUCACAGAUCAAUGUGCUCGUGCCUGAACUGCGACUGACCUUCGAUCUGCCCGGCAUACCAUACGCCGAGCCGUGUUUCGCGGGCACCCAGUUCCGUGAUCCAGAGGAGGCAGAAGAUGAGGCCUGGGAUGUACUGGACAAUUCCUCCGUGUCCGAGAAGGUCCCGCUCGUGGCCGCCACCGAUGCGCAUCGGAACCGAUGGCACAAGCCUCUCGUCGGCGUCGUCUACGAAGUCACGCUGACUGACUACGCUAAGAUUAUCGCCACAGAGGGCGGUGGACGAGGCUACCGCGACGUCGUGGUCGACUGCCACGCGUUCCCGGAAUCGUACAAACCCGCCGACCCCGUCCCCGAGCAUCCAGGGACACCCGCCUUCAAGGUACACACUUUACUCUCACCCGCGGCCGACGAAGAGCGACAGCGCAAGCAAUCCGGGAUUACCCACACACAUGCGCCACAGAACUCCUCUGGUCUAAGCGCGCUCUUCAAAUCCGAGCCGCAUCUCCGUCCGGAUCCCGAGUAUGCGCAGCCGUCGGCUCGGUAUCUGAAUCUGCUUACGACUGGCGCUGCCGAGCACCAGCUUCCUAUUGCCUAUCAGGCAUAUCUGGCUCAGAUCCGGCCGUAUCGAAUCACUUCCACGCGGCAGAAGAUCGGGAAGGUUGUAUUCCUUGCUAUGUGGGGACCCCCGGUUCUGGCGAUUUUGGCAUUGUCCAAGUUGUUUGCCGGGCCUGACGGGCGCAGUCCGCCGUGGAUCGUGACGUUGGCCAAUUUGGUGUUUGAGGCUGUGUGGAGGAGUUAUGAUAUGGUUUUUGUCAAGCUGUUUGGGGAUGGAGAGAGGACGGUUGAGCCCGAUGAUACCCUUUGA